AUGAGUACCAAGACAAACUAUUCACUGUUCAUGCAAUUAUGUCAUGUAACUGAAGAGGUGUUGAAAAAACAGCUCCGACAGUUUGUGUCUCAAAAUCCAGAAAAACGAGAAUUUCCAGUACUGAGUUUUGUACUGGAGGAAAUUACAGUACCCGACGAAGUAUUCAACUGGAUUUUAAAUGCAGAUAGUUGCUAUCCCGAUGUGCUUUCCAGUGCAAUAACAAGCAAGAAACAUCUUGACUGGGUGGUACAGGAAACGCUACAAAGUGUAAAGGAUAGAGGUUGUGAGGUUUUAAGCAGCAAAGAAUUUGGAGACCUGCUGGCAAACAUGCACUGCACACCAUCAGCAUAUGAACAAUACUAUUUGUGUAAGUUGUUAUCUGACAGUAACUAUGAAGAUGUAGAUAAACCACAUCCUGUAGAAAAUAUUACUAAGAGAUAUAAAGACAGUGUAUCCCAUAUCGAUGAAACCAUAUGUAAAAUUGUAUAUCUGGCUGAUUGUGCAUCACUGAAUAGUCUAAUCGAUGUGAUACAGCAGCAUGAUAUUAAAUUUGUAUUUGAUAUAGAAAAUAAGAUAAGACAUUGUACUGUAUUUAAAUGGUUAAAGAAAAACGUAGCCAAAGUAUAUUUGUAA